AUGGAGCACGAUGUGGUGGGUCAGCUGGUCCGGUAUUUUCAACAGCGCAUAAAUCUGUAUGCAGUGGUCAUCUUGGCUUUUAGCUACCACUUCAUCUUUGAGAAAGACCUGCCCUGCACCUGCGGCCAUGCGGUCCUAGACUGCAUAUUGUACAUGCUUCUGCCAUUUUUAAUAAUCCUGAUGGCUCAGCUGUGGAUGGACAGAGCCUUUCUCAUAGACGGAGACUGGAGUGCCUGCUGCUUUAACACAGUAGUCCACGAGAUCUCCUGUAAGAACGAAAGCCUGCGCACAAAGAAUGAAACCAUCAUUCUCAGAGAGACCAAAGAUGAAUCCAGGGUGAUCGGUCUGUUUUUUCUCCUGGGUUUAUUCAUUUUAGCAUUUGUUGCAUCAUGUUUCCAUAACACCUGUGAGUGGGCACGAGGAGGGGACUGGCGAGAGAUAGUUUUGGAGGAGGAAGAGAAGAUUGUUUCUGAUGAACUGAGGAAGAAGGCCAAAGAGGAGAUGAAGAUCAAACUGAACGAACUCAUGAAAACACAAGAUUGGGCAAAAUGCUUCACUGUCGGAGACGAAAUCAUCAGACCUCCAACUCCCCCAGGGCCCCCCUCUGGAACAGCCUCUGGAACAGCCUCUGGAACAGCCUCUGGAACAGCCUCUGGAACAGCCCAGUGCCUCCCUCUGAGACAGGGACAGCUUGAUGUACCUCCUCGUGACCCUUGUGAGUCUGAGUCGGAACCUUUACUUGAGCACAUGGAAGAAGAGAUUGUGUAA